AUGCACUCUUCCACGACUUUCCUCUUCGGCGUCACAGCAGUACUGCAGGCAGUAUCUGCCGUGCCAACCAUCAUCAGAACUCAGUCCGCGGCUACAAUCCCCGGCUCUUGGAUUGCUCGUAUCCAGGACGAUGAAGCCCUUGACAGCGUCCUCUCCACCGUUCUUGAUACCGCAGGUAUUGAGUCCAAGUCCAACUACACCAUUGGCUCAGUCAAGGGAUUCUCUUUCGAUGGAGACGAUGCCGUCCUGGAUAUGCUCCAAUCUGUAGGAGCAAUCAAGCACGUUGAGCCAGAUUUCACAGUCUAUGCCAAUGUUCCAAUCGCAAAGCAGGACUCGUACAGCGCUCCCUUUGCCAACGGCUCCCUUGUCUCGCAGAAUGGCUCUACUUGGGGUCUGGCAAGACUCUCUCAUUCCGAGCCAGGAGCCAAGAGCUAUGUCUACGACGCUUCUGCUGGCCAGGAUACCUACAUCUACGUUAUUGAUACCGGUAUCAAUGUUGAGCAUGACGACUUUGGCGGCCGCGCUACGCUGGGAAAGAGCUUCAUCAAGGGCUCCGAUGGUGAGGAUGACCAGGGUCACGGCAGCCACUGCUCUGGAAUCGCUGCCGGUACCAAAUACGGUGUUGCUAAGAAAGCAAACCUCAUCGCUGUCAAGGUCCUCGGAGCAGACGGAUCUGGCAGUAACUCCGGUGUCCUGAAGGGCAUCGACUGGGCCGUUCAAAACGCCAAGGACAACGGACACAUCGCACGCACUGUCCUCUCCAUGUCUCUCGGUGGUCCAUUCAGCCAAGUCACCAACGACGCCAUCACGGAAGCCGUUGCAGAGGGUGCUUUCGUCGCUGUAGCAGCUGGUAACGAGAACGAAGAUGCAUCUACUUCUUCCCCAGCUUCCGCCCCCGAAGCAUGCACUGUCGGUGCCACUACCGACGAAGACGUUCGCGCCGAAUUUUCAAACUAUGGAGAGCUUGUCGAUAUCUUUGCGCCGGGUCAGGAUAUCACUAGUGCGUGGAUUGGCAGCUCAAAGGCUACGAACACUAUCAGCGGAACUUCGAUGGCUUGCCCUCAGAUUGCUGGUCUCGCAGCUUAUCUCAUCGCUUUGGAGGGCGAGAAGACUCCUCGUGAGCUUUGCUCCAGAAUUCAGGAGCUUGCGCUCAAGGACGUGAUCCAGGAUGCCGGAAAUGGCAGCCCCAACUUGCUGGCCAACAACGGGAACUUGUAA